AUGCCGGUAAUGAAGGGGCUCUUGGCCCCUCAGAACACGUUCCUGGACACCAUUGCAAAGCGGUUCGACGGCACCCAUAGUAACUUCCUCCUGGGGAAUGCCCAGGGUAGCCGUGGUUACCCUAUUGUGUACUGCUCAGAUGGCUUCUGUGAUCUCACUGGGUUCUCGCGGACAGAGGUCAUGAAGAAGACGUGUAAGUGUCACUUCCUGCACGGACAGGAAACGAGCGACAGGGUGACGCAGCAGGUCGAGAAAGCCUUGGACGGCCAAAGAGAAUUCCAGGCAGAGGUCCGCUACUACAGGAAAAACGGAAGCCCGUUCUGGUGCCUUCUGGAUAUUGUGCCAAUCAAAAAUGAGAAGGGAGAAGUGGUUCUCUUCCUUUUCUCCUUCAAAGACAUCACAGACUCCCACGGCAGGAGUCAUCACAGUUCCAGGAAACAGGAUGAUGGACCUCACAGUCGGAAACUCAGCAGUUCCCAUUUUACUCGAGCCCGCGAGCGUGGGCGGAGCGUCCUGUAUCACCUGACCAGUCAAUUCACCAAUAGGAGCAAAGGCAAACUGGCUAAUAAUGUUUUUUCCCAACCCACUCUCCCGGAAUACAAGGUGGCGUCGGUCCAGAAGUCCCGCUUCAUUCUGCUCCAUUACAGCGUCUGCAAGGCCCUCUGGGAUUGGCUCAUCCUCCUGGCCACCUUCUACGUGGCGGUCACCGUGCCGUACAACGUCUGUUUCUCCGCCCCCGACGACGGUAACCACGACAACCCCGACUGUGACUCCACCUAUCGGAGCACAAUUGUCAGCGACAUAGCCGUGGAGAUGCUUUUUAUCCUCGAUAUCAUCUUAAAUUUUCGCACCACCUACGUGGGGCCGGCCGGUCAGGUGGUGUACGACGCUCGCUCCAUCUGUCUGCACUACUCUGCCACCUGGUUUCUCCUCGACCUCAUCGCUGCGCUGCCCUUUGACCUGCUCUACGCAUUCAACGUCACCGUCACCUCCCUGGUCCACCUGUUGAAGACAGUGCGUUUACUGCGGCUCCUGCGUUUGCUGCAGAAGCUGGAUCGUUAUUCCCAGUAUAGCGCUGUGGUACUGACCCUGCUAAUGUCAGUCUUUGCUCUGCUGGCUCACUGGCUGGCGUGUGUGUGGUACGUCAUCGGACGCAAAGAGCUCACCAGCAGCGACCCCGUCACCUGGGACAUAGGCUGGUUACAGGAGUUGGGGAAGAGGCUGGAGACCCCGUACACAAACGGGACCCUCGGGGGCCCGUCCAUGAGGAGCGCCUACAUCGCCUCACUCUAUUUCACGCUGAGCAGCCUGACCAGCGUGGGCUUCGGGAACGUGUGCGCCAACACCGACGGCGAAAAGAUCUUCUCCAUCUGCACCAUGCUUAUCGGCGCUCUAAUGCAUGCGGUGGUGUUUGGGAAUGUCACUGCGAUCAUCCAGCGUAUGUAUUCGCGCCGCUCGCUCUACCACACGCGCAUGAAAGAUCUGAAAGACUUCAUCCGCGUGCAUCGCCUGCCCCAGCAGCUAAAGCAGCGCAUGCUUGAGUACUUCCAGACCACCUGGUCUGUCAACAAUGGCAUCAACGCCAAUGAGCUUCUGCAUGACUUCCCUGACGAACUUCGCGCAGAUAUCGCUAUGCACCUGAACAAGGACAUCCUCCAGUUGCCGCUCUUCUCCUCGGCCAGCAGGGGUUGCCUGCGUUCUCUCUCCCUGCACAUUAAGACCUCUUUCUGCGCGCCGGGCGAGUACCUCAUUCGCCAUGGCGACGCUUUACACGCUCAACACUUCGUCUGUUCUGGGUCUCUGGAAGUGCUUAAGGACGGCAUGGUGCUAGCCAUUUUGGGUAAGGGAGACCUGAUUGGAGCAGAUCUGCCUGGUAGGGAUCAAGUCAUUAAAGCCAAUGCAGAUGUGAAGGCCCUGACUUACUGUGAUCUUCAGUACAUCAGUGUCAGAGCUCUACGGGAAGUCCUGGACCUUUACCCUGAAUAUGGAAAUCGAUUCUCAGAAGACAUACACCAUAACCUUACUUAUAACCUUAGAGAGGGUCAAGCCAGAUUCUCCCGCUCCCCUCGGCUCUCUCAGGAUCGUUCUGAUGGCUCUUUGCAGCUUGACUCCAAACUGCCCUUCAUCGUGGAGGAAGAGGAAGAGAGCGGACAGGAGGGGAGUCGGCAGCCUUUGCUCUCACGGUUGGGCGGACAUCAGCCCAAUCUGACAGCCAUGUUGGGGGAGGAGCUUAGACACAUCAACAUGCUCCGCCUCUGCCGCUCGCCCACUCAGGGCUUCCGGGGCCAAAACCCCUCCCCUCAGCCCCCAGCCAAUGAGGAGCUCUCUCCAAGUCCUGUGCCCGUCCCCGGAGUGGACACGAGUUCGUGCCAUAGGCCAGCUAAACUGCUCAUCCCAUCCCUGAGCUGUGUCAGCCCACUGGACCUUAGUCCUAGGGUUGUUGAUGGGAUAGAGGACAAUGGACGUGCUUUUCACUUUAACGUGGAGCAGAGUGAAGUCACGACCAGCUCAGGGGUCAAAGAUCCAUUCCAGGUGAGUGCAAACUUGCUACUGGAGACAGAGGAAGUGAGAAAGAGCAUCAGCCAACUCAACACAGAGAUGACCCAUCUAAACCAAGAGGUGUCUAAUCUGACUAAGGAGCUGCACGACAUGAUGCAUUUCCUGCAUGGUCACGUGUCCCUUCCCCAUUUCCAUCCUUCUCCAUCUCCUUACCCACCUUUCAACCUGCACGCUCUCUCCGCCUCCCCCACCAAUGCCAACGUAGUCACGUCCUCCUCCGACUGGCCGUCGAGGCUGAAUUUCGGCAUGACCUCUGGUCCUUGCCUCCAGUCCGAGGCUGCCGGAAGGGACUCCUUAGGACCCAGGAGCAGCUGGAGCGGGUGCGGCGGGAUUCCGGCUCAGGGGAGGGGUUCCGUGGUGGGACAGGAAGGGGAUGUGGAACAUCUCCAUCGGCCGUCCAGCCCUCACGCCUCCUGCCCCCACUCGCCGUGCUGCUCUGACCUAGGUAGGGUGGCCGCUCUUGGAUUGGAGAACCAGUCAAGCCUCUACCAGGUCUCCAGAACAACACCUAACUCCCCCUACCAGGGUCACCAGCCCCUACAUCCAGGGCCUUCUCUCCUGGGCCUGGCAUCAGCUUUCCAUGGUCACCCUGGUUCGGACAGUGCGGCCCCCCCACGGGCUGGGUUUGGACCAUCCAUCGUCACCCCUAGCAACACUCAUCCCUUGUGUUCCCAUGGCAACCUGAGCCAAUCCCACCCCUCGCUCAGCUUGCAGAUGGCUCCCGAUCUCUCGAGGCCGCAGUCCGGGACGACCACGCCCAUCCACGCGUCGCUCACACCCAUUGGCCAAUCGCAGCCACACACGGCUGUCAGCUCGCUCACGCAUUCCGACGGGUGCAACUCAAGUUUGUUGCACUUUCCCACAGGUCCCAGGCAAAACGACCUGGUGGGAUCCAGUCCCAUUCACACUCACAGUCUAAUCCCAAACCCCACAGCAGAACCAAAGAGACAAAGGGACUAG